CACUGCUCGGGACAAAAUCAGGAGGGAGGGAGGGAGGGAGGGAGAGAGAGAGAGAGAGAGAGGGAGAGAGAUGGCGUGGAGAGGUGCGUUGCUGAGGCACGUUCGCAUCCCUGUCGUUCAAACCCUUGAUCGGACCCCGCUGAGGUGGGCCCAGGCGUGGAAUCGACGGCUGUCGUCACAUGGAGACGAUCAUCUGGACAAGGAAGAAGUGAUCGAGAGAGUACUAUCCGUCGUCAAGAGCUUCCCAAAAGUCGAUCCUUCCAAGGUGACUCCGGAUGUCCAUUUUCAGAAGGAUCUGGGCCUGGAUAGCUUGGACAAUGUCGAGAUAGUAAUGGCUCUUGAGGAGGAGUUCAAGCUGGAGAUUCCGGACAAAGAGGCUGAUAAGAUCGAUUCCUGUAUUCUCGCGAUCGAGUACAUACAUGCCCAUCCGAUGGCUAGUUAGUUCAAGCGAGGCAGUACUCACCUUAGAUUUCCGUCUCAUUUUGUGAUUUCUCAUCUCCUUCUCUGGGACAUCAUGGUCAGGUAAUCUGGUCCUUUUUUUCCCCCAUUGUUUGGAUGGUCGUCGAAACCUGGGUCUUUGUCAUGGAUCAAGAAUAAUCUAAAUCCAUUGAUGAGCUUAGAUUAUGCACAAAUCAAUGGUCUGCUUUUGAUCUAAUGUCUUGGAGUUGUAACCCUAACAUUGUGAGAAAUGGCUUGCUUCUGUGCUGUUGGUUGUGCCCACUGCUCACCCGACAAUUUCAUCUCA